AUGCCUUUCCGGGAGACACUGGAUAUACUCAACGAUGCUAGCACACCAGCAAGAUGGAUGUGGAUUCCAAGUCUCAGUCUGGUCGCAGCCCAGAAAAAGGUAUUUAUCAUCCUAGACGCAUUGGAUGAAUCAAUUACAAGAGAUGAUGUUCUCCGCUGGAUCAAGGACAUUGUUUCCAGGUCAGAGUUACAUGUCCAGCUGCUUUGUACCAGCCGACCUGAACCCGAUUUUCUGAGCCAUAUUCCACAAUUGAUAGAAGAGCAAAAUUGUUUGCCACUUGAUAAGGAGGCUGUCGACUCUGAUAUUCAAUCGUGGGUCACAACACAACUUGCUCAACGGCAUGAUUUUACAAAGAAGUCGUUGUCGCAGGAUCUUAUCAAGGAAAUCCAGGGGAGGGUUGGUGAUGGGGCCGACGGGAUGUUCAGGUGGGCGUUCUGUCAAUUGGACAGUCUUGCUCGAUGUUCCCACGAAGCCGCUAUGGAGGAGGCUCUUGCAUCUUUGCCGCAGACAUUAAAUGAGACAUACCAGCGCAUGAUUGCAAACAUACCAGCAGAGUUACAGAAUGAUGCUAUACGCCUCCUGCAAUUCCUGGUGCACUCCAAGAGACCUGUCAAGCUAGCGGAAGCUAAAGAAGUAAUUGCGACGCAGAUUAAAACUAAGGCGCGAGGGUUCAGUGUCAAGCGUCGACUGUUCUAUGAGACUGAUGUUUUGAAAUACUGUCCCGGCUUACUGACAGUUGUUCAGGCCACCAAUAAAGAGCUACACCUCGCCCACUUUUCUGUCAAGGAGUAUCUUGGUGAAAUGAAUGGUUUUAGCAAUGCGACUGCCAGCGUUUCUAUUACAAAGACGUGCUUGACUUAUCUCACGGACAUCAACGGUAGCCACAAAGAGCUCGAGGAGAAUUUUCCAAUGGCAAGAUAUGCGGCGGAAGCUUGGACAGGCCAUGCUGCGUUAGCUCAGGCUUCUUCAGAUAUUGUUGCAGCGAUAGUCAAGUUCUUGAUGGAGGAAGCGACAUUUCAACGAUGGCUUCAUUUGUUUCAGGCUGAUGUGAGUUGGAAAAGCAACUCUGGCUCUCCACCAGGCUCCAGGCUCUACUAUGCGUGCUUCGCAGGGCUCGCACAGCCAGCACGAACUAUAAUCCACAAUGGGGCAGACGUCAACGCGAAGGGCGGCCGCUAUGGCAAUGCUCUCCAGGCUGCCUCGAUAGAAGGCCAUCAGGAGGUUGUGAGACUGCUCUUGGACAAGGGAGCAGAUAUCAACACGCAGGGCGGGGAAUAUGGCACUGCUCUACAGCGGGAUUUUAUUGGUCCGCUAUCAGGUGAUUUGCGCAUGACUGGGUCUUUCAAAAAUGGUAAAUUGGGCAGUUCAUCCUUCGGUAUCCAGAAGACCUACCAAGAGUAUCUUGGUGGUAGUAUGCACACUUGGCGUCACCAACUCAGAGACCAGGACAGCAUUUGA